CACACAAAUUCCUUCAUAUCUAACAAUUUCUUUCUUCUGUGUAGAGUAAUUUGUCAUACGGUAACAGCAUCCAUUCACCAAUUAUGGAUCUGUUAUCCUUCAUAUCUAGUCCCAUCUCUUUAGCCGCAAUAACUCUGGCUCUGAUUCUAGCCAUGUUUAUGAUCAAAAUCCAUGGCAGAAGUUCAUCAGAAAAGGAGGAGAAGAAAGGUUACCAUCCAGUUGCCGGCACCAUCCUCCACCAACUGGUGAACCUUAACAGGUUGCAUGAUUACAUGACUGACCUCUCACGCAAAAACAGGACUUACAGAUUACUUGGACUUGGCCUUUUCAGCAGUCGGGUUUAUACUGUGGACCCUGCUAAUGUCGAGUACAUGCUUAAAACAAACUUUGCAAACUAUGGCAAGGGAAAAUACCAACAUGGCCUUUUAAGUGAUCUCUUAGGUGAUGGGAUCUUCACUGUGGAUGGAGAGAAAUGGCGACAUCAGAGGAAAGCCUCCAGCUAUGAGUUCUCCACAAGGACUCUCAGAGAAUUCAGUAGUGUAGUUUUCAAGAAAAAUGCAGCAAAGCUUACAAAAGUUGUAUCUGAAGCUGCAGCCUCUAAUAAAUGCAUUGAUGUUCAAGAUCUUUUCAUGAAAUCAACCUUGGACUCAGUAUUUAAAAUCAUGCUUGGAGUAGAACUGGACAGCCUGUGUGGAACAUAUGAAGAAGGCAAAUGGUUUUCCAAUGCAUUUGACAAAGCAAGUGAGAUAACCCUGCAUCGCUACUUUGACCCCUUCUGGAAGAUCAAGAGUAUGCUGAACAUUGGAUCAGAGGCAGUGUUGAAAGAUUGUAUCAAAGUGGUUGACGAAUUUGUGAACAAGAUAAUACAAGGAAAGAUUGAACAUGUUCAAUAUCCACAACCACAAGAAGAUCUCCUAAUGAAGAGAGGAGAUAUAUUAUCAAGGUUUCUAGAAUCAGAUCAGAAUGACGUAAAAUACUUGAAAGACAUAAUACUUUGUUUUAUAAUUGCGGGCAAAGACACAACUGCAGGCACCCUUUCCUGGUUUCUAUACAUGCUCUGCAAGAACACUACUAUACAGGAAAAGAUUGCCAAGGAAGUGAGAGAAGCAGCCCAAAUUAAUGAUGACUUGAGCAUCAAUGAAGUUGUCUCCAAGAUAAAUGAAGAAUCACUUGACAAAAUGCAAUAUCUUCAGGCAGCAUUGACUGAGACACUCAGACUCUAUCCUGCAGUGCCAGUGGAGGGAAAGAUUUGUUUUGCGGAUGAUACCAUGCCAGAUGGUUUCAGAGUGAGGGAAGGAGACUUGGUUGGAUACCAACCUUAUGCAAUGGGAAGGAUGGAGUUUCUAUGGGGCCAUGAUGCAGAGGAAUUUAGGCCCGAGAGAUGGAUUGAUGAAAAUGGCCUUUUUCAGCAAGAAAGCCCGUUCAAGUUCACUGCCUUCCAGGCAGGUCCAAGAAUCUGCCUAGGAAAAGAAUUUGCGUAUAGGCAGAUGAAGAUUUUCUCUGCUGUUCUGUUUGGAUGCUUCAGAUUCAAGCUCAGUGAUGAGAAAAAGGCGGUGAACUAUAGAGUUAUGCUCACUCUAAAUAUUGAUGGCGGUAUCCACCUCCAAGCCUUUCCUAGAUUAAAGUGUACCUAAACACACUAUCAUAUAUAGUGUUUAAGAAAUAAUAGGAGACUGGUACUUCUUGUUAGUAUGAAUGCUGUUGAUUGGCUUGUAAAUCUUAAUUUAUGGGACUGGACUAUCCUUACCAUUAUCAAUGCUAUAUGGUUUAAUGUUAUUACAUAUAUUUUACCUUGUAUUUUUGGCCGUAAUAUUUUACCUAGUUAAAAAAAGUCAAGUAAUUAAAAGUAAACUUUUCUU